UGUAAUCGAUAAAUUUUCAGCUCUAGUGAAAAAGUAUGGAACUAUUCUGGUAUAAAACGUGUAAAACUCUGAAUAUUAUUGUGCCUGGACUUUAUAUCUCGCUAUAUACGCUCAAAACGAAAGCAGAACUAGCUUACAACUGAAAAACACAUUUGGACAAUCUAUCGGAUGCAAGAUAUACGUAACAUUUCACCAUAUAUGUGCGUUAUUUCACUCCCCAUCACAUUAGUUAAUCGCAGUAGUCAUGGAUAAGUCUGCCUCAAAUUGAGCUGGCCACAAUGCCACCCAAAGCCAAACAGAAAAAAAUGGCUUUUCGCAAGGGAUACCCAUCACAACAUACUUGUGUCUUUAAGUUCAGAUGUCGAGAUUUCAUACCCUUAUGGGCGCGCUGUUUGACCCCUUCAUCUUUGUUCUCCGCCUGAUUGCGAACAUGAGUUCCCCAAUUUACGAGCACUAUCGGUGCGGACCUACGUCGCGUCCCCUUCCUACUGCGUCUUUGUGGACACCAAGCAAGGGCCAUCAGGAGCCUGCUGCCAAGCCGUCUGAGGUGUCCGAGGAUUUACGGAUACCGCCAAUACAGCCAGAUCCCAUGGAUCCGCUCGCCACCAUGAUGUCCUUCAAACUGAUGGCUAUGGACGUGGUCAGCCAGAUGCAGACCGCCCUUCACAAGUGUGUUAACGCGCAGAGUCCGCCGUGCGCCAAAAUGGCGGGACUCGAGCUUGACGCUCUGCGCCGUUGCGUCCCCUCUUCUUGCUACUUCUUUAUCGACCUUCACCCGCGUCACGGAUUCAAGGAGGCUGCAGAUGAGUUCCCCACUAGUCAAGUGUCCAGUGACAAGAACAACAAUUCGGGAAGCUCUGGGGGAUCGCCUGCCAAGGGUUCCUUGCAGCGACAGCGCAGCAUCUCGGAGUGCAGCGAGGAUAGCUUCAUCUGCUUCGAAGACGACACCGAAGGAGAGAAUGAAAAUGACAUUGAAGAGGAUGACAAUGAGGAUGAUGAUGACGACGACGACAGCAGCGUGCAGUUCGUGUGCGGUGAAGAUGAGGAUUACGAGGAGCCCAAGGCGUAUGAAUGCAGCCAUGACAGCACCACAACGGCGAAGAAGGUUCGAUUUAACAUGAAACCCGAAGUUCACGUAAUGCUCGCUUGGGACUACGCUUAUCGGGCUGCCAGGAAGAGCGAGUGGCAGGUGAUGGCGCGGGAUCGAGCCCGCUUUCAGCAGAGGAUUAAGCGCAUUUCGCCCAUUUUAAACGCCGUCCUUACUCCAAUUCACCGCGAAAGCGUCUACCAUGCUCGAUUCUUGCCCGAGGAGGAGCCUGUUUCUAACCUGAAGUAACUUUUGAUGUACAGAUUACAGUUUUAAACGAUUACAAAAUUAAAUUAAGCACAAGUUGUUUGCGUGUAUGUAUAAAGUGAUCGAUUUAGCCGCUGAGUUCGUGAUUUAUUUCUGAAACCAAAAACUGUUAAACCAUGUAAAGUAUAUCAAAAAACAAGUACACUUUUCUUCGCCCUUAGUUUUAAAACAUUUAGAUGUUUGAAUUUGUUAAUAACAGGAUUAGCAUAUUAUAAACAUAACUUUAAAUAAAUUAAGCAUUAGACGUA